AUGGUACAUGUGCUUCUUACCGGUGGUAGCGGCUUCAUAGCUAUGCACAUAAUCAAGGUGCUACUGGAGCAAGGCCACUCAGUAAUCACAACUGUGCGAAGCCAGGCCAAGGCAGAUAUAAUCAGUCAAUCGUUCUCUGGAUAUUCGCCCGAUAAGUUAGGCUUUGUCUUCGUUCCCGACGUUGGACAACUUGGGGCCUUUGACGAGGCCGUCCGGUCUGAUCCCCCUUUCGACGCAGUCAUACACACUGCGAGCCCCGUUACAUACGAAGUCAAAAACAUCCAGGCAGACUUGAUCGACCCAGCUGUUAAUGGGACCACCAAUAUUCUUCAAGCUAUCAAGGCGGGGGCUCCGACGGUCAAGCGAGUGGUGAUUACGGGGUCCUUUGUCUCUAUGUUGGAUAUGUCAAAGGGUCUUUGGCCCGGCCAUACAUAUGAUGAGAUAGACUGGAACCCCAUCACGGCCGAGGAGGCACUGGCGAACCCGGUUAGCGGCUACGCAGCAAGCAAAACAUUUGCAGAGAAGGCAGCGUGGAAUUUUCAGAGUGAAGAGUCUCCGGGCUUCACGCUGUCCGUCAUUUUGCCCCCUCUUGUUUUCGGUCCAGUGCUGCAACGUCUGAACAAUUUGGACUCCCUUAACGAGUCAAACCAAAUUAUCAGAAGCUUUUUCAACGGAUCGAUGGACGCCGAAAUACCCGCUGUCGAGUAUCCCGUUUUUGCCGACGUCCGUGAUAUAGCUUUGGCCCACGUACGGGCCAUGGAAGAGCCCGAGGCCGGGAACAAACGCUUCUUCGUCGCCAACGGCCACUAUUCGAACCGUGAUAUCAUCGGCAUAAUUCGCAAAAGAUCUGCCAAAUACCGUCACAGCCUGCCAUCGGAAAAUUUGCCGGGUGGUAAAUUGCCAGAAGACGUGUUUUCUAUCAACACCCAACGUUCGGUGAACAUCUUGGGAAUGGAAUAUAGGACGUUGGAGGACUGUAUUGCCGACACUGUCGAAUCAUUCGCGGCGGUAGAGUCGUGA